UUAGUUGUGACAGGCGCUUUUAGUGAAUCUGGCGACAACGUUAGAGCACGGUUGUGUCAAGUUUACACACAUUACGCACAUAGAAAUAGCUUUUGUAUCGCAUAUAAACAAUAGAUAUGCAUAAUACAUUUAACUUUACCGAAAGCUGCAUUUCAGUGAAUAUUUGUCGAUACUCACCCCCGCGUAACUCAGGUGGCGUUCACAGUCAGGAAGUCAUGUCCAGAUCGGGUGAUAGAACAUCCACCUUUGACCCAACACACAGUGACACCCUCCUGCAUGGACUCAAUCUCUUAUGGAGGAAACAGCUUUUCUGCGACGUGACUCUCACAGCCCAGGGACAGCAGUUCCACUGCCACAAAGCUGUGCUGGCAUCCUGCUCCCAGUAUUUCAGAUCUCUCUUCUCCUCUCAUAAUGUAAUCAACAAUGAGGGGAGCAAAGGGGACCAGGGCAGCAGUGGGACCCCCUCGUCCUCUCCUGAUGACAAGCUGGUAACCCCCAGCACCAGGCCAAUCAAUAACCUGGUACUCCAGGGCUGCUCCUCUAUUGGACUACGAUUAGUGCUGGAGUACCUUAAGGCAGAGGUGCUCUCAGUCAGCAAGAUCCUCAACAUCCCCCAGGUCACUAAGCUCAGUGUGCAGUUCCUCAAUGACCAGAUCUCUGUGCAGAACUACAAGCAGAUCUGCAAGAUUGCCGCACUCCACGGACUGGAUGAGACUAAGAAGCUGGCCAACAAGUACCUGGUAGAGGAUGUGCUGCUGCUGAACUUUGAGGAGAUGUGUGCCAUGCUAGAUGCUCUGCCACCCCCAGUGGAGUCAGAGCUGGCUCUCUUCCAGAUGUCUGUCCUCUGGCUAGAGCAUGACCGGGAGACUCGCAUGCACUAUGCGCCGGACCUUAUGAAGAGGCUGCGCUUCGCCCUCAUACCUGCCCCAGAGCUGGUGGAGAGGGUGCAGUCAGUUGAUUUCAUGAGGAGUGACCCUGUGUGCCAGAAACUACUCCUGGAUGCCAUGAAUUACCACCUGAUGCCCUUUAGGCAGCACUGCAGGCAGACCCUGGCCAGCCGAAUUCGUUCCAGUAAGAGAAUGCUGUUACUGGUGGGUGGUUUGCCUCCUGGACCUGAUCGUCUUCCCAGCAAUUUGGUCCAGUACUAUGACGAUGAGAAAAAGACAUGGAAGAUCCUCACAAUAAUGCCUUACAACAGCGCCCAUCAUUGCGUGGUGGAGGUAGAGAACUUCCUGCUGCUGCUGGGUGGAGAGGACCAGUGGAACCCCAACGGAAAGCACAGCACUAAUUUUGUCAGCCGCUACGAUCCCAGAUUCAACAGUUGGAUACAGUUGCCUCCUAUGCAGGAAAGGAGAGCCAGUUUCUUUGCCUGCCGCCUGGAUAAGCACCUGUACGUGAUUGGUGGUAGGAACGAGACAGGCUACCUCUCCAGUGUGGAGUCCUACAACCUGGAGACUAACGAGUGGAACUACGUCUCAUCUCUGCCGCAGCCUUUGGCCGCCCAUGCAGGGGCAGUACACAAUGGCAAGAUCUACAUAUCAGGAGGAGUGCACAAUGGCGAGUAUGUGUCCUGGCUCUACUGUUAUGACCCUAUAAUGGAUGUGUGGGCUAGGAAACAGGAUAUGAACACAAAACGUGCCAUUCAUGUCCUGGCUGGAAUGAAUGACCGCCUAUAUGCUAUUGGUGGAAACCAUUUGAAAGGCUUCUCCCACCUAGACGUAAUGUUGGUUGAGUGUUAUGACCCAAAAGCUGACCAGUGGAACAUCCUGCAGACACCCAUCCUGGAGGGUCGCAGUGGCCCAGGCUGCGCUGUUCUGGAUGACAGCAUCUUCCUCGUGGGGGGCUAUAGCUGGAGCAUGGGGGCCUAUAAGUCUUCUACCAUCUGCUACAGCCCUGAGAAAGGAACAUGGACAGAGUUGGAGGGAGAGGUGGCAGAGCCUUUAGCGGGCCCAGCCUGUUCCACCGUCAUACUGCCUGCCUGCCUUCCCUUUAACAAAUGACAACUAAUCCAACCAAUGCGCGGCAAGACCAAGGAGCAGCAGUGUGAUUGUGGGGAGGACCAUCGAUAAAACACAACAAUUGUCAACAACAAUUUUGUGACAAUUUUGUGGGGGUGUGUAUAAAUUAUUUUUUUACAGGUUUGACCAGAGCACUUUCGUUAUUCCCUACUGAAUGUUUGGAAAGAAAAAAAAAGGAAAACAAGACUUGUGUAACUCAUUUAUUUAAGCUCAUCCGUGUUAUUUGAUUUUAUUUAAACUGAUAAGUGUUUUUGGCUUCUCUUCUAUAGCACGCAUAGUGUUGAACUGAAUUAUAGCUUUCAAAUCCAUUGUAUCUUGUAUUCAGUAGAGUCAUAAUUCCAGCAAAAUGCAGUGUUGUUUCACAGACUGACACUGGGAGAAAUGGUGAUCAGUCUCAAAUUAUCAUGGUGUUAAGUUAAACUAGGGCUGGGUGAGUUACAUUAACUGUGAUGAUCAAAGUGUAUAAAUAUUCUUCAUUGCUCAUGUUACAUAAUUGUCAUUUUACUCUGGCUGGAUUGUGCACCUACCCCGCUGCAUCACAUGGUUGGAUCAUUAUGCAAACAUUUUGUUGUCUUUCUCUGAAAAUGAACGUUACAGUAUAUGUGUCUAAAAUGACAACAUUUCCAGAAAACAUUUCCUAACAGCAACGAACAUGGUAUGAAUAAAAAUACAUUGUAACUACACCUGUGAGCAAGUAUACUGGGUCCAAAUAUACUUUACAAAACUGUGGACAAAGGAGGAUUUUGUAAAAAGACAAAGUUACACAAUGAUCUUUAUAAGGAUGUGUCCAUAUCACCCAGCCCUAAUUUUUAACUCGUUAUCUUACCAGGCUAAUGUUUCUGUAAAACUUGUUGGACAGAGAUUUACUUACAGGUUAUCUGCUUGACAGAAAAAAAAAGCCAAAUGUUUGUGGCAACUAUUCUUCAUGUUGCAAGCGAAACAAUUUAAGGAUUUACUAUUGGUUCUUAAAGUUCUUAUGUCACACUAAUGUUGACAUUAAUUAUACAAUGAUGGUACAAUCAAAUUGCAAUUUUUAGCCAGGGUGGCGUGUAUGGGUGAACAGAUGUAGAAGAUGUUCAUUUGGGUUGUUCUUUUUUACAAGUUGAUGUUAACGGGCCUGUUUAUGAGGUCACAUAGCAUUUUAAUCUCUAAUGUAUGAAAAAUAAAAAGCAUAAAGUGGUCCUUAAUGCACUAAAGGUGAAUUUUUAAUUCCGCAAAUGAAGUUCACUGAAAUGUAAACUAACGAUUGUGAUGUGAUGUGAAAAUUUCUUGGGUACAAAUGAAUUCAGUCCAGUCUAAUCUACAUUAUUAGGUUCAAAGAGCCGACUCUAAAUAUCGAUGCAGUACCUGUUGAAUUCUGUAAAGAUUUGUUGAUUUCAUUCUUGUACAUAAUCGCUUGCAGUGGAACAUUUUUGUGCACUCAACCUUGGAUUUAUUCUCAA